AUGAACAGCACCAACCGAGAAUCGCUGCCACUUUACCCCAUUAUCUCCUCACCAACAUCGAAACAAGCAGGCCCUUUUCAUAGAACAAUGUCAGAUUCGUUGCCUAGCACUUCCCAUCAUGCAUCAUCUCCAUCUCCACCGCCAUGCGAAGAGAGCUCGGAGAAAUGGGGGACUCCUGUCAUGGGGGCUCCUGCUGUUCCUACAUGCCAUCCAGAUAAUAAAAAAGCAGCCUUAUGGGGUGCAGCUGAUGAUGAAGCUCAGUACUUCCAUCAUCCGUACCUCCAGUACAGCCCCAUCGAAAAAUCAUCAGGUAGCAGAAAGGAAUCCGUUCUUCAAGUGUUUAAUUCUUGGGGCAACAAGGCUGAGACGAUGGCUCACAAUGUCUGGCACAACCUUAGGACUAAUUCAUCUGUUCCUGGAGCUGCAUGGGGCAAGAUGAACCUGACAGCUAAAGCAAUAACAGGAGGUGGAUUUGAGUCUCUAUACAAGCAGACAUUCACAAGUACUAAUCCAAAUGAAAAGCUAAAGAAGACAUUUGCCUGCUAUCUGUCUACAACUACAGGCCCAGUUGCUGGAACCCUUUAUCUAUCUGAUGCUCAUGCAGCUUUCUGUAGCGACCGUCCCUUAUCCUUCACAGCACCCUCCGGCCAGGAGGCUUGGAGUUAUUACAAGGUGAUGAUACCUUUGAGCAAGAUUGGCACCAUCAAUCCUGUAGUCAAGAGGGAGAAUCAGUCAGAGAAAUACAUCGAGAUUGUUGCAAUUGAUGGACAUGAUUUCUGGUUCAUGGGCUUUGUUAAUUUUGAAAAAGCAUCUCGGCAUCUAACAGAAAGUAUCUCGAGUUUUGUAGGAACCAUAGCAGCAGAGCCAAUUCUUGUAUAA